AUGAUAGCCAAUUACAUUAUUCUCGUCCCGCGGCCAUUUGAGGCCCAUUUGGACAGAAUUGAGUCUGGCGGUCCACAUUGGCUGUUUAGCUACGAUCGUCCUGCUACGUUCAUUGUCGUACCAAGGAGGCCUGACGCUCUGCCAUCGGGCUGGAGCAAGGGCGAGUCACGGGUCUAUCACUGGAAAAACUCUACUGCCAUUCACACCGCUGGGUCUUGGGAAGACGAGGAUGGGAAGCUUUACUUUGAGAGCUCUCGAGUUCUCUAUAAUAUCCUUCCCUGGUUUGAACCCCCAGGGGAGCCUGACGUGAGAGAUCUGAAAGCCGACUAUGUUCGCUGGGAGAUCGAUGUCAAUCAACCGAGCGGGACCAAAGUGAAAGAUCCGGAAGUCAUCCUCGAUCUCCCAAGUGAGUUUGCUUGUAUGGAUGAAAAGUUUCUUACGCGUCCGUACGACCGCAUAUUCGCACCCGUGUUGCUACCCUAUCGACCAAAUACUGCACCGCCAGUUGUGCCGCUAUGCCUGAAUGGCUAUGUUAUGCUUGAGAAAGAGAGUAACCGCUGUACCUUUUUCGAUCCAGGGUCUCAUGCUGUAGCUGAAGAACCAAUCUUUAUACCUCGUUCUAAGGGUGCUACCGAGGGAGAUGGGUGGGUAUUGGCCAUGGUUCAGAGAACGGAUGUCAACCGUAGUGAACCUGAUUGUGUUGGAUACUAG